AUGUCUCGUGCAGCCAGCGUGUCUCGUGACUCACUCAACAUUGAUGUCUACCAUCAAGGUGUUUUUUCUCCUAAUCCCUUGGUUUACUUUCAUCCUGAUAAAGUACCUGUUAUGGGGCUAGAUGUACAUGGGUUAAGGGAGCUCAGGGAUGAAGAUGAUUAUGUUAGGUUCGUUGAUGCUGGGUUUGAUGAUGAUGAUAAUCAAAUAAGUAUCUACAUUGAUGACCAUCAUGAACCCUUACUAGAUUGGAUUGAAGAAGAAAAAGCUGAAGAAUGGGAUAGUGGUACUGAAACAUAUGAAGAUGAUGUGGACUCGAAGAACCUUAUUCCACAAAGAGGCAUAGAGGAAGAAGCUGGUGGUAAGGUAAAAAAACAUCCUAUUCACGAUCCAAACCAAAAAUGGGACACUAUGAUGCCUGAGUUAGGUAUGAAAUUCUCUGAUCGAGAUGAACUGAAACAUAUGUUAACAAAUUAUGCUGUGUCUAAGGGUUAUUCAUUGUGGUAUGAAAAAAAUGAGGCAAAAGCAUUGUUAGUAAGGUGCAGUAAAAAUGAAAAAGGGAAGCCAUCUUGCCCUUUUAGACUAUGGGCUAGUCCCAUGAACAAGGAAAAUUCAUUCCAGAUCAAGUCACUAAUUGAUAAACAUAAUUGUGCUAGACAACAAAAAUUGGGUUGUAUUGUUACGUAUAAGUGGAUUGGAAAAAUGUUAAUACCUGACAUUUUGGAAAGGCCUAAGUUUAGCUAUAGGAAAAUGGCAGAAGUGGUUAGGAAAGACUAUGGUCUCAAGGUAAGUCUUGGGCAGUGUAGAAAUGCCAAGUACUUUGCACUAGAUGAGAUUUCAGGCAAUUUGGUAAGCCAUUAUGAGAAACUGUGGAAUUAUGCAAAUAAAGCAACUGUUAGUGAAGGGGAUGUUGAAGAAGGGAUUAGUGAAGGGGAUGUUGAAGAAGGGAUUAGUCAAGAUGGGAUUAGUGAAGAUGGGGUCAAUGAAGAUAGGAUCAAUGAAGAUGGGGUUAGUGAAGUUGGAAUUGGUGAAGAAGAGGCUGUUGAAGAAGGCGAUAUUGAAGACCACCAGGAGGAUGAAAUUGAACAACAAGAGGAUGAGAUUGACCAUCAAGAAAAUCAUCACCAUCAGCAUCAACCUGUUUUUUUUUCAGCAUUUUGUUGCGAACAAAAGGCGAUUACCUUCUGA